AUGGAAAGACGACUGGAAGCGUUGGAGACAAAGAUAUCGGCCUUGGCACGGUUUGUGGGGGUUCCUGACGAUUAUGACGUGCUGCACAUUCUCGCAAUAGCAUAUAAAUGCGGCUUCACCCGGCCACUGGCUGUACGGACACCUGAAGACUACUAUAACCAAGAGCUCAGCGCGCGUCCGACCAUGCUUGGUUAUUGUCGAAGUACAGCGAAUCUAUGCAAGAGUAUAGUGUUAGAGAACACCAAGGCUCCACGGAACGCAGCCGAUCCCCUGUUUUCUCGCUAUUACCUUAUAGUAGUUCAGUACAUCCGUAAGUUCUCGAGCUCGAAGUUUCAUAGUGCUAUGCGUCGUCUUGCUAAGGAAAGCACCGAUACGUAUCUAAAGUCACUGACAAAGAAUGACUAUACUUGGAGAUUUUGUGAGGAAGACGAGGCUGUUGCUCUUACCGGCGCGCCCCACAAUGGCAUGGGGCCAAUAGGUACAUCUAUGAACAUUCCGCUUGUCCUAGAUGCAAACAUUCUGCAGACGGUAGAUAACAUGUGGGUUGGCGGAAUGCAUCCCCUUGUCAAGUUACGUGUCUGCUGCGCAGAGUUCAAGAAUCUAUUGAUGCCCUUAGUGCUUGACUGUACAGAUAGUCUUUGA